CGUGUUUCUGCGUCCCCAGACUCCACACGCUUUCCCCCAAAUCGCCGCCGCCAUGGAGAAGGAGAAGAAGCUGUCCUUCUCCAUCCCUUCCAAGCUAAGGCCGCCCAAGCCCCGCCCCGCCGCCGGCGCUGAUUCCUCCGCCGCUAGCGGCAACUCCGCUUCCGCGGCCGCUGCCCCCGCCCAGCAAUUCGUCACCGAGUUCGAUCCGUCGCAAACCCUAGCCGCCGGCGCCGCGUCCGCCGUCAUCGCGCCCCUCCCCAACUCCGGCCACUUCCUCAACCACCGCUCCCGCAAACCCUCCUCCCUCCCGACCCCCGAGGAGGAGGCCGCCCUCGCCGCCUCCACCGCCGGUGGCCCCACAUUCGUGCUCGACACCUCCGAGGCCCCGGACAACCCCUCCUCCCACAUAGGGUAUGGCCUCACCCGACGCGGCGCCGAUGCCGACGCUGAGGCCGACGCCACGGAGCCGGGGAAGACGCAGUCUUCCAAGGAACCAGAGAAGAAGCCGACCUCUCCAGCCAGAGACGGCGGCUCCAGCGGUGACCUUAUGCUGCGACGGUACAAGGAGGACAUGGCCAGCCUCCCCGACCACCGUGGUAUAGACGAGUUUGCGGAGGUGCCUGUGGAGGGCUUCGGUGCUGCCCUCCUUGCUGGUUACGGCUGGUCAGAAGGCAAAGGGCUCGGCCGCAAUAACAAGGAAGAUACCAAGGUUGUUGAGUAUAACCGCCGUGCCGGUACGCUGGGAUUAGGCUACGACCCUUCUGAGGCAGACCCUAAGAAGACUCGCUCUGGCGACUGGGUUAUUGGUGGAAAGAAGCCGACAGAGAAUGGUGGAAAGAAGUCCGCAGAGAAUGGAAAUGCAAAGAAGAGAGAUAGGGACAAGGAAGACAGAGUCCGGGAGAGGGAUUCAAGUGCCCGACAGAAGAGAUCUGGUGAUCUUAGGGCUGAUAGGGUGGUUCGAGAGAAAGAGAGAAAUUCUCGGGAUAGUCGAGAAGAAAAGAGUAGCCGUGAUGUUGGUAACAAAGUGCGCUGGUUACAGAGCAAUAUUAGGGUUAGAGUUGUUAAUGAGAGGUUCAGCAGAAGGUUGUACCUGCAGAAGGCAAAAAUUGUUGAUGUGGUUGGACCAACGACAUGUGACAUAAUGAUGGAUGAUGGGUCAGAGCUUGUGCAGGGGGUGGAGCAGGAUAUGCUUGAAACGGUCCUGCCACGGGCAAACGGGCAAGUGCUUGUGCUCUGUGGGAAGCACAAGGGUGUGUAUGGGCAUCUGGUAGAGAAGAAUUCAGAGGCAGAGACUGCAGUAGUGGAGGAUGCGGAUACAAAAGACAUGGUGCGUGUGAAAUAUGAUCAGAUUGCAGAGUACGUUGGGGACCCAGAAUUGCUUGGGCACUGAUUAUUUCUUCUUGAGGAGGGGACAUCUGUUUUCCAGGAGCUCUUCUAAUGUUGAUGACUUUUCUCCUAUAGUGCCUACUGCUGAAGAUCACAAUGGAAAUACAGAGCACCUGACAAACAAGUUUCCAGACGACAGGCUUGGCGACCGAUAUUUACAGGUGCUCUGCUUUUAUGUAUGACAGUGACAUAUGAUGCCCUGUUUCCAGUUUGCGCAUAGCACUGUUUCAAUCAGUCUCAAUUCCCCCACAAUUUACAUACCAACCUAUUCUGUGUGAAGAGUCUUGAUCAUCUUCAGAGUGGUAGCUUCCUUCUUUGUGGUAUCAUCACUUUGUGCAUGCGAUAAUCUGAUGGCGGCUGUGGUUAGAGGUGUUACGCAGUAUGCAAAUAUCAAUUUGGUCUACCAGUCAAGAUAUGAGAUGACAUGGUUCACUGAUACUCAGGUUGAGAAAUAUUUUUCUUUCCAGCAUGGUAGUUGGGAAAACAAACUGGACUCUGUAAAUCAGGGGCAUGAUACACAUUUGCUUUGGUCCUAAGCUUCAGUGUGUAAAUUACCAGUGUUGCAAAAUUGUAAACUCCAAUUAUAUGUACCUGCACGGCAUAAUUCUCAUGGUUGGACUUGGAUGCUUCCAAGCUAAUCAUUUGGGAAUUUCUCGCUCAACGCACUUCAUAAUCAUUUUGAUGAUCAGUUAGCAGUUGCCAGAUUAA